AGGAAUGAGUCCUAAAACCCGGAAGUACGUUAGCAUCUGAGUCUGGUGUUCAGCCUAUCACAUGAAGGAUCUAAAUCACGUGACUGGAAUGACGCAGUAUUAGGUUCUCCGCGUGCCGGAAGUUGACUGCCUUUGAGUUUACAGAUGACACAUGAAAGUCACCAGAAAAAACAUCCCAGCGGGAAAAAAACAGGUCGUAUAGUUAUUUUCUGAGCAGCUAGGUGUAGAGAAACUGUAUUAGAUACGUGUUGACGGUGACGUCUGACAACAGCCAUAACAAGUUAGUGAAACACAGACAGGUCUGUCAGAAACACUUAUCACUAUUUAAGAAACCGUAAAGAUGGCAAGGAGCCUUGGUAGAUUAUACAAGGGCUUCAGAAGUCUCGUCACACUCUCAGCCAUGUGGUCUAUGAAGCAUCCGAUUUACAGCGUUUCAUCACGGAGUCCAUCUGUACGGAGCAUGGCGGUGCUGCCAUUUUCCUUUUCGAAGCCCUGGGACUUCAGCCUGCCAAACACGUCUUGGGGACCAGAAAUGAUGCAGUUGUACGAGCAUUAUAACAGCAUGUGUGAGGUGGAGACGGAGGGAGGAGAGAAGCAGGGGGGGCCCUGGAAGAGAUUGCCAGGAUACAAUCGCCUCCUCAAGUAUGCAACAGGUGGAGUGUAUCUCAGUAAGAUGAUCCAGUCAAAGGCUCGUCUUUUUACCCGAAACAUCAGAGAACCGGGGGCAGGAUUUGAAUAUGUUUUGUUCGUAAACAGCGAGGAGCAGAAGUGUGUGUGCAUUUUACAGGCUGGACACCUACUGGAGGGACCGCCAGGACAUGUCCAUGGGGGGGCAAUAGCCACUAUGAUUGACACCGUCACAGGGUGUCUUGCUUCUAUCUCUGGAGCUGUUAUGACAGCCAACCUCAACAUCAACUACCGCAGCCCCAUCCCACUGGGAAGCACUGUGGUGAUGGAAUCCUUUCUGGAUAAGAAGGAGGGCAGAAAAAUGUUUGUUUCUUGUAAAGUAACCAGCCCUGAUGGCACCAAACUGCACACAGAAGCAACAGCACUGUUUCUGUCAAUCAAUCUCAACCAGUUAAUGGGUAGGUGACGUGAACACACCGGCCUACCACCUACCCAAACACAGUCAGCAAGCUGAGACCACAACAAAUGUGUGUGUGAGAUAAUAUGUGAGUGUGUCAUUGCUUUGAAGUAUUUUUUGGGGAUGUGUGAAGUUGAUUGAAGAUUUGAGAAACAUUUAUCUAAAUGUGACAUUGUUGACUUUGGAUUAUCCAUGCAACUCUGCUUGCCAAUAUGUUAUUACUAACAAACUGUACAGCGGUUUAGAAUACUGUAAUCAACUACCUCUGCUCUGUUACUAGCACAACAACAGUCCAUAUCGAAACAUUAUUUAUGAAACUACAUUUUAAAGGUUAUUUAUUGUAACUUUUUUUGUAUUUAUUUCUUCUAACACAUGCCUUUUAGAAGUGAGUUUAAAAUUUGCUGUACAGGACUAUUUACUUUACUCCAAUAAAGCCUCACCUGUUGGUAUUGUAUGAAUAA